UGUCCUCGCUCUUUGAUCUUGAGUUCCUUUGUCCGUUCAUGGUAGAUUCGGCUGCUUACGUGCGCAAUACGAAUUGAAUCCGAGACUCUUCGCGUUGAUCUUGUUUGAGAGAGAGAGAGGAGCCUUUCGAUUACGUGAUCUGCAAUAUAAUUAUCUGGACGUUUUUGUUUCCGACCAAUAAGGUGAACGGAUCCGAAAGAUGUCUAAUCUGCAAGGAGAUUACAACCAAAAGAUCGAUUAUGUAUUCAAAGUGGUGUUGAUCGGUGAUUCCGCCGUUGGCAAAACUCAGCUGCUGGCUCGGUUCGCUAGGAACGAGUUCAGCGUCGACUCUAAAGCCACCAUCGGUGUCGAGUUCCAGACUAAAACGCUCGUCAUCGAUAACAAAACCGUCAAAGCUCAGAUUUGGGAUACCGCUGGCCAAGAAAGAUACCGAGCGGUGACAAGUGCAUACUACCGUGGAGCUGUUGGGGCAAUGUUGGUCUAUGACAUGACCAAACGUCAAUCAUUUGAUCACAUGGCUAAAUGGCUGGAAGAAUUAAGAGGACAUGCGGACAAAAACAUAGUCAUUAUGCUUAUUGGAAACAAAUGUGAUCUUGGAAGCUUAAGAGCAGUGCCAACAGAAGAUGCACAAGAGUUUGCACAGAGAGAGAACUUGUUCUUCAUGGAAACAUCUGCUCUCGAGGCUACCAAUGUCGAAACCGCGUUUUUGACCAUCUUAACAGAGAUUUAUCGAAUAAUCAGUAAGAAAACCUUAACGGCUGAUGAUGAUGACGCUGAUGGGAAUUCAAGUCUUUUAAAGGGGACUAGGAUCAUCAUUCCGAGUGAGCAGGAGACUGGGAAAAGAGGUGGAUGUUGCGGCAAAUCGUAACUCAAAAAGCAAAAGACAAUACAUGAUCGUGUUUUUUUUUUUGGUUCUUGUUGUUUUUGUUUUGUUCAGCCUUAACCAUAUUUUCUUGAUACGAAACAAUAAGCUGAGA